CAGAACACACCGGAAGAAAAGGCGGCGAGCACAGUUGUUCCAAAGCAAGCUUUGGUUUUCCAUCUGCUACUCAGACGCCAGAGUAUGAAACUCGGCCCUGUUGGCGGAGAGACACCAUGGACAGCUCUCCAGGCGCCGCCCGGUUGGUCCCGCGCGUUGACUGUCAUGAGCCCUCCCCUCCGGCCGUCAGGCUGGUGGGGGAGGUAGGAGGUGGUCCUGACACCCAUCUUGGGCACGUGUCAAUACCACCCCCCAAAGCCUUUCCCCAGAGUCCCUCCCUGGCGCCCACAAGGAGAGUUGGUAAACUGCAGAGGGGGGCCAGGGAGGCUGGAUCCUCCCUCUUCCGGCAUCCCCAGGGUUGGGAUCUGCAGCUGCGGCUUGGGGGACACGCGGGCCGAGUGAAGGUCAUUGCGCGUGUAGGCGACGGGCAGCCCACCGGAGCCGGGCCCCUACAGGGCGCGGGUGUGGGUGGGGCCUCCAUCCUGAAGCCCCGCCCCUUCAUAAAAAGAGGCGGUCCUUCCGCCCCCGCCUGCGGCGCAAUGCGGAAGAGAUGGACCUGCUGGAGCGGAAGUGACGCUUCCGGCGGCUGUGGUGGCGGCGGUUGCGGGAGAAGGAGGAGGAGGAGCCGGAGGAAGAGGGCUGCCUCUGAAGAGAGAAGAAUGGCGUUCAGCAAAGGAUUUCGGAUCUAUCACAAAUUGGACCCCCCACCUUUCAGUCUCAUAGUGGAAACUAGGCAUAAGGAAGAAUGUCUCAUGUUCGAGUCUGGGGCUGUAGCCGUGCUCUCAUCUGCAGAAAAAGAGGCAAUCAAGGGUACAUACUCCAAAGUGCUGGAUGCAUAUGGACUUUUAGGUGUUUUACGAUUAAAUCUUGGUGAUAUUAUGUUACAUUAUCUGGUCCUUGUCACUGGAUGUAUGUCUGUUGGAAAAAUUCAAGAAUCUGAAGUUUUCCGAGUUACUUCUACUGAAUUCAUAUCACUACGAAUUGAUUCUUCAGAUGAGGAUCGCAUUUCAGAAGUGCGAAAAGUUUUAAAUUCAGGAAACUUUUAUUUUGCAUGGUCUGCAUCUGGAAUCAGUUUAGAUCUUAGUCUUAAUGCACAUCGUAGCAUGCAAGAACACACAACUGAUAAUAGGUUUUUCUGGAAUCAGUCUUUGCACUUGCACCUCAAGCACUACGGUGUGAAUUGUGAUGACUGGUUAUUACGUCUCAUGUGUGGGGGAGUAGAAAUCAGAACAAUUUAUGCUGCUCAUAAACAGGCAAAGGCUUGCCUCAUUUCCAGACUAAGCUGUGAACGAGCUGGGACCAGGUUUAAUGUCCGGGGAACAAAUGAUGAUGGUCAUGUCGCUAAUUUUGUAGAAACAGAACAGGUUGUGUACUUAGAUGAUUCUGUUUCCUCCUUCAUACAAAUCCGGGGAUCUGUUCCAUUGUUCUGGGAGCAACCAGGGUUGCAGGUGGGAUCUCAUCGUGUCCGUAUGUCAAGGGGAUUUGAAGCCAAUGCACCUGCUUUUGACAGGCAUUUUAGAACACUAAAGAAUUUAUAUGGUAAGCAAAUGAUAGUAAAUUUGCUUGGAUCUAAGGAAGGUGAACAUAUGCUAAGUAAAGCUUUCCAGAGUCAUUUGAAAGCUUCUGAACAUGCUACCGAUAUCCAGAUGGUGAAUUUUGAUUAUCAUCAAAUGGUUAAAGGAGGAAAGGCAGAAAAAUUACACAAUGUUCUUAAACCUCAAGUCCAAAAGUUUCUUGAUUAUGGAUUUUUUUAUUUCAAUGGAAGUGAAGUUCAAAGAUGCCAGAGCGGUACAGUUCGAACAAACUGCUUGGAUUGUCUGGAUAGAACAAACAGUGUGCAGGCAUUCCUUGGCUUAGAGAUGCUAGCUAAACAGUUGGAAGCUCUUGGCUUAGCUGAAAAGCCUCAGUUGGUGACUCGAUUUCAAGAAGUUUUUCGGUCAAUGUGGUCUGUGAAUGGUGAUUCAAUCAGUAAGAUAUAUGCAGGAACCGGAGCCCUUGAGGGAAAGGCUAAGGCUGGAAAGUUAAAAGAUGGUGCUCGUUCUGUUACUAGAACAAUUCAGAAUAACUUCUUUGACAGCUCCAAGCAAGAGGCCAUUGAUAUUUUACUACUGGGAAAUACUCUGAAUAGUGAUUUAGCUGAUAAAGCUCGAGCACUUUUAACUACAGGGAGUUUGCGUGCAUCUUCUAAAGUAUUAAAGAGCAUGUGUGAAAAUUUCUACAAGUAUUCAAAGCCCAAGAAAAUUCGAGUGUGUGUUGGAACAUGGAAUGUGAAUGGUGGAAAGCAGUUUCGCAGUAUAGCAUUUAAGAAUCAGACACUCACUGACUGGCUUCUUGAUGCACCCAAGUUAGCUGGCAUCCAAGAGUUUCAAGAUAAAAGAAGUAAGCCCACUGACAUAUUUGCAAUUGGUUUUGAAGAAAUGGUAGAGUUAAAUGCUGGAAACAUUGUGAAUGCAAGCACAACAAAUCAGAAGCUCUGGGCUGUAGAACUUCAGAAGACCAUCUCCAGAGACAACAAGUAUGUGCUGCUGGCCUCUGAGCAGUUGGUGGGCGUCUGCCUGUUUGUUUUUAUCAGGCCACAGCAUGCUCCUUUCAUCAGGGAUGUUGCAGUUGACACUGUGAAGACUGGAAUGGGAGGUGCAACUGGAAAUAAGGGAGCAGUUGCAAUACGAAUGCUGUUCCAUACAACAAGCCUUUGCUUUGUCUGUAGCCACUUUGCUGCAGGGCAAUCUCAAGUCAAAGAAAGGAAUGAAGAUUUUGUAGAAAUAGCACGAAAAUUGAGUUUUCCAAUGGGAAGGAUGCUCUUUUCCCAUGACUAUGUAUUUUGGUGUGGUGAUUUCAACUAUCGAAUCGAUCUUCCUAAUGAAGAAGUUAAAGAACUCGUAAGACAGCAAAAUUGGGAUUCUCUCAUAGCAGGAGAUCAACUUAUCAAUCAGAAAAAUGCUGGACAGAUUUUUAGAGGAUUUUUAGAAGGAAAAGUAACCUUUGCUCCAACAUAUAAGUAUGAUUUGUUUUCUGAUGACUAUGACACCAGUGAGAAGUGCCGCACCCCUGCAUGGACAGAUCGUGUCCUCUGGAGAAGAAGGAAAUGGCCUUUUGAUAGAUCAGCUGAAGAUUUAGAUCUUCUAAAUGCUAGCUUUCAAGCUGGAAGCAAAAUCCUCUACACGUGGACUCCUGGCACUUUGCUGCAUUAUGGUAGAGCUGAGCUGAAGACUUCUGACCAUAGGCCUGUUGUUGCCCUGAUUGAUAUAGAUAUAUUUGAAGUUGAAGCUGAAGAGAGGCAAAACAUUUAUAAAGAAGUAAUUGCAGUUCAGGGUCCACCAGAUGGGACAGUGUUGGUCUCAAUCAAAAGUUCUGUACCAGAAAAUAAUUUUUUUGAUGAUGCUUUGAUUGAUGAGCUUCUGCAGCAAUUUACAAAUUUUGGUGAAGUUAUACUCAUAAGAUUUGUAGAAGAUAAAAUGUGGGUCACAUUUUUGGAAGGAAGCUCUGCCUUGAGUGUUCUAGGCCUAAAUGGUAAAGAGUUAUUGGGUCGAACUGUAACUAUUACUUUAAAAAGUCCAGACUGGAUCAAAAACUUGGAAGAAGAAAUGAGUUUAGAGAAAAUUAAUAUUCCACUGCCAUCAUCAACAAGUUCUACCCUACUUGGUGAAGAUGCGGAAGUCGCAGCUGAUUUCGAUAUGGAAGGUGACAUUGAUGACUAUAGUGCUGAAGUAGAGGAAAUUCUGCCUCAGCAUCUCCAGCCUUCUUCAAGUUCUGGCCUUGGCACGUCGCCGAGCUCUUCACCCCGGACCAGUCCCUGCCAGUCACCUACAAUAUCAGAGGGGCCUGUACCUUCCUUUCCCGUAAGACCAAGUCGAGCACCAUCAAGAACUCCUGGGCACCCAGAUCCACAAAGUUCCCCUGUUGACACUGUGCCAGCAACACAACAGCAAAAGGACUCUCCCCAGGGCUUAGAGCCUAGGCGGCCACCACCUCCCCGCCCCGGUGCUCCCCCUGCGCGUCCAGCUCCCCCACAGAGACCACCGCCCCCUUCAGGACGCAGUCAGCCUUCAGCUCAAGCAGGACCCACAGGCCCAGGACCUGCUGGAUACAGUGCAGCCAAAUUGGCUAUUCCGCCCCGUGCUGGAGUAAUCAGUGCCCCACAGAGCCAGGCUCGGGCAUCUGCUGGAAGACUGACUCCUGAAGGCCAAAGCAAACCCCCAGAAGUACUGAAAGGUCCAGCUCUUCUUCCUGAACCCCUGAAACCUCAGGCUGCCCUUCCUGUGCAGCCUUCUCCACUCCCACCCCUUCAAAAGAUGCAGGAGCCUCUUGUUCCUGUGGCAGCACUUACACCCCAGUCCGCCCCCCAGCCACCACCUCGGAGCAGGUCGUCCCACAGCUUGCCUCCAGAACCUCCAUCACAACCGCAGGUAAAAACAAACGGAGUCUCUGCUGUCAGACUGGAAUCACCGUUAAAGAGUGACCCAUUUGAAGAUCUGUCAUUUAAUCUGCUUGCUAUAUCAAAGGCUCAGUUAUCUGUUCAAAUGUCACCUGUUCUAACCGCAAACCCAAACGGGUUGAUUGAGUCACUUUCUGCAACCCAAAGUAACAUUAAUACUUUGAGUUCUAUAAGUUGCGUGUCAGCAGUGCCUCCAGUUCCAGCCCGGAGUAAAUCCCAGGAAAAUACACGAUGUUCUCCAAACCCAUUUAUUACCACCUUACCCAGCACAAAUCCUUUCACUGACAGGACUGCUGCUCCUGGAAACCCAUUUAGAGCUGAGUAUCAAGAAUCAGAGGCAACUUCAUUGUUCUCCAAAGAAGAGCCCAUUGCUAAGAGUUCUUUUCCUUCUCUGAAGCCUCUUGGUCAUAACAAUACUAAGCCUUCAUUCUCACUUGAUGGUUUUAAGGACAGUUUUGAUUUGCAGGGCGAGCCUCCAGUAAAAAUUAGCAAUCCAAAAGGAUGGGUAACCUUCGAGGAAGAAAAGGACUUCAGUGUGAAAGAGAAGUCAACCUCAGCUUGUCCAAACUUAUUGGAUAAUCAACCAGGUUCAUUUUCUGGCUCCAGCGUGACCUUUGAUGAUGCCUGGAACAACAGUACAGAUGUUUCUUUCUGUGUGUUGCCGUCAAGAAGACCACCUCCACCUCCGGUCCCUCUGCUCCCACCUGGUACCACCCCUCCAGUAGAUCCUUUCACAACCUUGGCAUCUAAGGCCUCACCCACUCUAGACUUCAUGGAAAGAUAGUGGAUACAAUAGAAAGCAGUUGUUUUUUAGUUUUGGCAGGAUAGAGCCAGAACAACUGGGCAUUAGUUAUUCAUUAUGUGCAAUAAGUAAUUGCUAAGUGUACUGAUGUUAUGAAAUACCACUAUUUAAUGUGUUCAAAGUUGGAAUAUGUGUAUAUUGGAAAUAAGGAAAAAAUCCUUCUGACUAACUGGAGUUUUGGUGUGUUUCUGUUUGGAUAAGUGAGAAAGCAUAGUAACCAUAAAAAGUGCUCAAAACUACUUUAGAAAAUAAUCCUUAUUCAGAAAUUUUAUCAUCUUCUCUGAAUAAUCUCAAAAAGCCCAAACAACUUCUAGCUGACAUUACUGCCAGCCUUUUCAUACUUGUUAACAAUUGGUAUUCAUAAAUAUUUACCAAAGAGCUAUCAAACUUACACUGAAACAGAAUUUUGAAAGGCAUUGCUUUUUAAAAAAUGUGUAUAUAUGCGUAAACACAUAUAUACACUUAAAUACUUAUGAAACUCAUAAUUUAAAUUCUAGAAUAUAACUGAGACCAGAUUUUUACCUAAAAGUUCAAACAGAGUACUUUUUUCAAUACUUCAUUAUCAAAAGGAUGGCUAUAAAUGAAAUAUAGGUAGUUCACUAAUUUUCAUCCAAAACUAGAAUAAUCUCACUACAGAACCAGAAUUUUCUACCAUUCCAAACCCCACCCCUUCAAACACACACAUAGCAUACAUCCUGUUAGUUUCCACUCCAGCACCUCCAUGUGCUUUCCUCUGGGAGGAGGUUCUUGCAGCUGGAAGCACAUAUUUUGUGGUCACUGUCAUGUAGAUGGACACUCCAUCCCUUUCAAAAUAGCACUGUGGCCUUAUCUGUUGGGAAAGCACGUACCAGCUAACCUAGUCCAAUGAGAAUGUUAGCCUCACCGCAGGCUCUCCUCUGUGCAUUCAGGUAUGUGUUACCCAUCUCCCUCCCGCACUUUCCAUUUGCUGCGUUUGCUCUGGAACUUGUUAGCAGGGAAGCAGCAGUCCUCAGAGUGCUUUAAAUUACUCAGUGUCUGUUCUCGCCCCUUAAGAAGCUACAUAUCACAACAAUGAUGCUGCUUUAAGUUUUUAGAGGCUACAUCUCAAACUAGCUGUGGAUUUUAUCUCCUGCACUGCCAGUAUGCAUCCAGUCCUGCUUUUAUUUUACAGAGAAGUACCCAGAAGUUUUACAGAAUGUUGUAUUUUGAUGUCAUUAAGUAAUCCCAAUCAGAAAACUCCUUGAGCAAUGCUGUUUUAUUGUCAGUUUAAGUUAAAAUCAUCUUUACUCAUUAAGGUUCAUAUUAAUGUUCCUUUUACAUAGAGUUGUAUGUGUCCACCUAAAGUCCAUUGUCCACAUUUAACCUGUAAAGGCGUGCUUUGGCAGAAUAUCAGAAAAUUAAGUUCCUGGCUAAGAAUGUGUAAAAUGUAAAAGCACAGCAAACUGCAUUGCACUUAACCACAUAAAGAAAAUCUAGUAGGAAAAAGCACUUUUCUAAAUGCUCAAAUGUUACCAAAAUACUAUAUUUAUAGAAGUAAUCCUCUCUCUGUUAACAGCCAUGAUUUGUUGUUAGAAAUAACUCUUGUGAGUUUUAUAUUGUGCUUUUUUUGGGGUUCUGAUCAUUUCAGCAGUAGUAUAUUUUAAACAGCAGUAUUAUUAUAAGCAGUGCGCUUCAAAAUGUGAAUUAACUUGUUGAAACUGUGGCUUUAAUGUCUGUGUGAUUAGUGUAUAUGGUAUUUGCCCUCCAUUAGCAAAAUAAUUCAUUAUAAACCUCACUAGUGCAGAUUGCAGUUCUAUGAGCAAUGUUUCCUAUUGAAUAUAAACUACUGUCUAAAAUACACAUAUCAUGCAGCAGCUCUGCCUUUAUCAGGAAAAUUGUGUUUGGCAAGUUGCUGAAAGUGCACAGUUAUGAAAGAAAGUUAAAGGUAUGCUGCAAAUAGCCAUUCUUCUGUGUAUUAUUAAAAUAUUUACCAGUUCUGUUAAAAGCAGAGCAGACAUUAGACACUAAGGAUCUCUUUGUGAAUUCUUUGUUCUCUAUAGUAGAUUGCUGUUUAUAUGUAAGAAUUUUAUUGCUUAUGUGGCAUACAAUAUUUAUAUACUUUAUAGAAGUACAGUAUUGAAGUCAGUGGUACACAAACAUUCUGUACAUAUCCUGUGAAGUGUGCUGUCAUAUGAAAUAAAUAUACCUGUCUUUACCA